GUUGUCAACAGAGGAUCAAUUAGACAUGUUCAAAGAAUACAUUGGAAAACUUAAGGGUGCUGUGGGAGAAGAAAGAACAGCUUACAUUCUUGAAAAGAGCAUAGUUCUCAUCAGCAUGGGAAGCAAUGAUAUUGCAGGAACAUAUUUUCUCACACCAUAUAGGAGAGUCCAUUACAAUGUCAGACAAUAUUCAAGAAGGCUUAUCAGAUUAACAACAAGAUUUAUAUUGGAACUAUAUCGAUUGGGAGCAAGAAGGAUUGGAACAGUGAGCUUAUCAGCAUUAGGAUGCAUCCCAAUGCAGAGGACAGUGAGAGGAGGCAUAAAAAGGAAUUGUGUGGAACCAGUAACAAAGGCAGCACAAGUCUACAAUACCAUGCUCUAUCAAUCACUUAUGGCUCUCAAGAAGACCCUCUCUGGUUCCAGAAUUGUAUACCUUGAUGUUCAUAAUUCACUCAAUAUGCUUAUUCAACACCCCAACCAAUUUGGAUUUGAAAGCGUGGAUAGAGCAUGUUGUGGCAUUGCAAGCAUGGAACUUGACCUAUUUUGUAGUACUUUUUCAUUGAAAAUCUGCACAGAUGCAUCCAAAUAUGUCUUCUGGGACAGUUAUCAUCCUACCGAGAGAACUUACAGUAUUAUUACCUCAGAUUUAAUAAAAAAGACCAUUGAUCAAUUUGUCUAAAAUUGAAUUUAAUUUCCAUAUUAAUUAUUUGUCUAAUGAAUUAUGCAUAUUAUAAUUUA